UCUCUCUCUCUCCCCAAAACUACUAAGUUCCUCUCUCCACACCAUUAAACCACCCCCACCACCACCCUCCUCUCUCCAUAUAAUGAGAAGAAGAGAGACAUAAAAACAAAAGGUGGUAGAUGCAUGAGCCACAAACCCAUUUACAUAAUCUCUCUUUCUCUCUCCCCGUCUCUUGCACACUCACCACCUUUCCUUCCUAAAUCCUAAAUCCCUUUGCCACUUUGCAACAGAUUUCUCACCAACCACCUCUUCGAUUCUCCUCCGGCUCCCACAACCGCCGCCUUCUUUGCCUCUUCAGUUUUGUUUUUGCGCGCAUGUGGAAAAGCCCAUAGCAAGCAGUGGGUGUAGGCUGUGCCAACCCAUAACCAUAAUCUUACUUGUCAAAGAACAAAUACUCCUUCCAGUAUUGAUUCAUUUAGAUUCUCCUUGAGGCUAUGUCGAUGGUAUUGAGCUUAACUUUGGAAGUAGGCAAAUCAUCAAUGAACUGAUACUGCUGUGAUCCAAGGAGCUAGGUGAUAACCGUGAUAUGUGAGAGAAGCGACCAAGUAAAGUGGUGUACGUUAAUUGAAAAUUUUUAGUCAAAACAUGGUGAGCUUACGAAGACGCAAGCUUCUGGGACUAUGCUCUGGGAGAGGUUCUUUCAUCGCUCCACUUCCUAGGUUUUUUAAUGGAACUGCUGCUGAAAAUCCCACCCAUUAUAACAAUCCAGUCAGAGUGCAUCCAGGGCCUUCAGUUGAUGUAAACCAGCUAUUGGGGAAUAAACUAGGGCCUAAAUCAUCAAAUGAAUCUGGUUCAAGCUCAUCAAAAGAGCAGCCCAUUCAACCAGAAGCAGGACCACCAAUAAAACGCAGAAAGCGACACAGGAGAAAGAAUUUUCAAAACCAAGAACCAUGUCUGAUGAGAGGUGUGUAUUUCAAAAAUAUGAAAUGGCAGGCAGCAAUAAAAGUAGAUAAGAAACAAAUUCACCUCGGAACUGUUGGUUCACAAGAAGAGGCUGCUCGUUUGUAUGAUAGGGCUGCUUUUAUGUGUGGGAGGGAACCCAACUUUGAGCUUUCUGAGGAGGAGAAGCAAGAACUUAGGAAAUUCAAGUGGGAAGAGUUCUUGGCCAUAACUCGUCAUGCAAUUACUAGUAAAAAACAUAAGAGAAGGCUUGGAACAGGGUCUCAGAGGAGGUCCGAGUCCCCAAUGGAGAACAGUGAAUGGGAUGCCAAGCAAGAAGUCAAUAGCCUUUCAGCUUCAGAAGAUGUGGAGCCUGACACAUCUGCCUCUUGAAAACUAUGAAAAGAGAAUAGGCUGAUAUUCUGGUUCUAACAGUGAAGUUGUAGCUGAUGGGCCUCCAUUUUUGGUGUAUGAAGCCCUCAUAUAGGGUAAUAAUGGUAUAUUUCAUUGUCUCCUCUUAAGAAAAUCCUUUAUGACUUGUACACAAUAAAUAGUUCAAUACUGGAUGUAGAGUAGUUAUUUAUCACCAUCGUCUUUGAUCCACUGAACUCGAUCACAGCUAUUAUUCUUUCUUUUUCCUUCCCAUAGCCGAAGCUCAUGUACUGCAAUCUUUGAUUGUUAAUAGUUUGAGCUUUCCAGUUUGC